ACUACUGCUCCUACAACAACUGCUCCUACAACAACUACUGCUGAUACUACGUCAACUACUGCUCCUACAACAACUACUGCUCCUACAACAACUACUGCUGAUACUACAACAACUACUGCUCCUACAACUACUGCUCCUACAACAACUACUGCUCCUACAACAACUACUGCUCCUACAACAACUACUGCUCCUACAACAACUACUGCUCCUACAACAACUACUGCUCCUACAACAACUACUGCUGAUACUACGACAACUACUGCUCCUACAACAACUACUGCUCCUACAACAACUACUGCUGAUACUACAUCAACUACUGCUCCUACAACAACUACUGCUCCUACAACAACUACUGCUCCUACAACAACUACUGCUGAUACUACAACAACUACUGCUCCUACAACAACUACUGCUCCUACAACAACUACUGCUCCUACAACAACUACUGCUGAUACUACGUCAACUACUGCUCCUACAACAACUACUGCUCCUACAACAACUCCUGCUCCUACAACAACUACUGCUGAUACUAUGUCAACUACUGCUCCUACAACAACUACUGCCACAACAACUCCUGCUCCUACAACAACAACUGCUCCUACAACAACUACUGCUCCUACAACAACUACUGCUGAUACUACGUCAACUACUGCUCCUACAACAACUACUGCUCCUACAACAACUACUGCUGAUACAACAACUACUGCUCCUACAACAACUACUGAUCCUACAACAACUACUGCUCCUACAACAACUACUGCUACAACUACUGCUCCUACAACAACUACUGCUCCUACAACAACUACUACAACAACUACUGUUCCUACAACAACUACUGCUGAUACUACGUCAACUCCUGCUCCUACA